AUGCUGAGAUUGAUUGAGUGGCUGGGAUGUGGAGUGGCCACCGCCCACCCUGAGAGGAUCAUUGCGCAGAGGGACACCUCACCGGCAGUGUUUGCUCAUCCUCCAGCGGGCGCAGAGAGCUCAGAGACGCGCAGUCUUCCCGCACAACCGGAAGAACAGACUGUCACCAUCAUGUCGGCGGCAACAGCCUCUGUAGUAGACGUGUCCAGAUCUGAUUUUACCAAUAAAGAUGUCCGGAAAAAAUCAGCUUCAGGUCAUCCACAGGCUCAGUGCACGCCCAUUCCCCUGCCAGCUUUGGGCACGCGAAGGAUCAUCCAAGGCAAUGGGACCAACGUGGGCACAGUCAUUUCCUUACAGUGCCCAGCCAAACACAAACUGGUGGGCAAAGACGUGAAGUGUGUCAUGGACAACAACAGCACCCACUGGGAGGGAGAAACCUACUGCAAGCCUUUGUCUCGCUACGACGACUAUGGUUUCCAAGUGGCCGUCCUGGUGUCCAUUAUAAGUUCGGGCAUCAUCUUGCUCAUGUCUGUGGCCUUCAUUACCUGCUGUUUGCUUGACUGCAUCAAGGAGGACGAAAGGAAAAAGAAGGAGAGAGAGUCCGAUGUGUGGCAACUGGAGGAGCAGGAACAGCAUCAGGAUAACAACAGAUUUGGCUUCAGUCAUAAAGGCCGAAACAACAAUAACAACAACGCCCAUGAGCAGGUGGUUCCCCUAUGGGGUACCGGUAACCCAGCCCUGUGCGAAAACAUGCGACCCUGCAGAUGUCAGCAGCCUUACGCUUACGGCCCUCCUGCCUGCACUUAUACUCCCCCGCCUCCUUUUGCAAGUCUUCCUGGACAGAACUAUGAUCAGCCUCUCCUGUUUCAAAACCUGGAUUCUCAAUUACCUCAGUACCCUGGUCCUCCUCUGUCUACCAAUCCAGCUACCAGCCAAGACCUGGUCUCAGCAGCGGGAUCAGGAUUGGUGUGGCACUAUGGGGGUCAUCACAGCAGGCCGCCACACACCCCACCAACCACAGACUCCAGCAUGGGGAGUUUAAACUCAAACAGGAAUGUAAACCCCAAAGAACUCUCCAUAAGGAUUAUAUCAGUGUAAAAAAACAUAUUGUCCAGAAGAAAAAAAACAUCCAUCAAGAACUUGUUUACUUGCCACAUAUGUACAACAGUGACUCUGCUUAAGAGGACUAUGGGAAGUGUGAACCAUGUCAGCAUGUCUCGUUGGGUUCUGUCUUCUUUUUUUUAUGUCUGCAGUGCUCCAGAGUAUGACGGCUGCACAGACAUUCAGAUUUGACAGGAUUACUGCGCGUGCCUUGUCUUGUGGAACUGUGAUGGCACACUGCCCUCUGGCGGGGAAGAAGAACCAUUGCACGUUCCGGACACCAGCCGGCUGUGUGGAUGGCAGCACGAUAAAAAUGGACUGUGGAAAGAUUUGUGCUUGAAUAAUAAUGUAGCCAAACGAUUCAGAUUAAUACUCGAGGUGUUUAUUGAGACGUAGUUCGCAAACACGCAUUGUACUAAACUGCGAAACGGCUCUGUUUUUCAAGGCCAUUGGCCUGAAUGCAAAUGUGGGGUUUGAGGAGUUUAAAUAAAUUAAGCUCUACUGCUAAUGAGUGGUGCCAUAAAGUGAGCAGAGCUUGACGGUUCAGUUUGCCUUUGCACUGGCCCCACGGCUCUGUGACUCGGAGCUUCUGCGACCAGUCCCCUGCUCCGUCCCACUACAAGCUUCCGGGUCACGUGGUCCUGUCGUCACCAGCGUGGCCGCGCGGCGCUGGGGAGCGCGCGGGACCGGAGGAGCAGCGGCCGUCGCCCCGGAUGAAGCAGGAGGCUCCGGGCCAGCCAGUCCCACGAGGCGUGUGUUUGCUCUGGCAGACUUGGGAGAGAUGGGUGUUGAGGGUUAUGAUGAGCAGCUCCAGAGUGAUGCCCCAUUCCUGUGCUGUGAUCAGAGAAUGGACACCGAGCUGGUUGAUAGACUGGUGCUGCAGCUCAACAGGAUCUACCCCCAGAUACUCAGUGACCAGGAAGCCUGCAAGUUCAGGAGACUGAGCGAGCCCGCUGAUGUGCGGCUGUCUGAGUUGCUGAAGCACCUACACGAAAAAGGGGAAGAGGCAUGUCAUGAAUUCUACCAAGCACUUCACAUCCAUGCUGAGGAAGUCUAUGCUAGCCUGCCUACCAGGAGCAGGCAAAGAGAGAUGGCAGACGCUAAAUGGACUAAGAUGACCAUCCUUCAAGAACCAUUUAUACUUAAUGAUAAAGGAACAAUGUUCUUCCUCUGCUGUUUCAGUUUUGUGGUUGGCAUUGCAGUUCUCUACUAUUAUGGAGAGGGUGAGACAUUGAGAUGCCCUGGAGCAUUUCUUCCCUGCUCUGCCGCAAGAUUUAGUAAGGAUGCUAAGGAUGUUUUCGUUUCUUAUGCAGAGGUUGGAAAAUAGAAAUAUUGAGGCCAUUAAGGUGCUGAAAUGCUUCAGAAAAAGCUCUGAAAGAGGUUCCAGAUAUGAAACUUUCCUCUUUCCUGUGCCAAAGCAUCAUACACUGCAUUUGUUCAUCAUAAGAACAUCACCAAAUCAUUUUUAACCGUGCCCAAGCAUGUCGGGCUCUGGCAAGUUGUUCGAUGAGAGAGUUGGGUCAAACCUUUGCCGUGUUUAAUACAAAUUUCUCUACUACAGUCAUGUGAUAAGUGCAAUUCCUUCUCAUUUUAAGGUUGUGUUUUACAGGACAAAAUGUAAAAAAAAUAAUUUAGUUUUAGGUGCAUGAACAUCAGGGUUAAUUUUUAAAAUUUAGUUACUGAAGAUGAAGUUCACUUGAUUAAUUGAUCAAAGAAACCCCGCCACUCCUGUAAAUGCAGUUGUUUUAACAGUUUGCCAGUUGUGAGCCUGAUGCUAGAAAAUAAAUAGUUCAAAUGAGAAGAGAACUCUUCUACUGAUGUCAUAAAAAAGACUCCUUGAAUGAUAACUUCUAAUGGAGGUUCUAUAAGCUGUUGAAUUGAAGGGUGUAUUUAGUGUUAAAUGCACAGUCUCUGCAUUUUUGUUUACUUUUUUGAUAAAUGAGUAGUAAAGAAGUUUUAUGUUGUUCAGGGGUUGUAUUUUUCUUUUUUUAGAUUUUUACACCAGCUUUUUAGACCAAGGGUUUCUUUUUUCUUAAGCGUCAUGGUCAGGGAAACCUUAGAACUGAAAGAGAGUGUGUAUGCCUUUCUUGUAACUGCUUAAAAUAUAGUCACAAAUGGCAUGUUUUAACGCACAAGAAUUGAAAUUUACAUGAUUCAUUGUAUUCAGCGCUCAUCUUCUCUGUGGGAAUUCUUGUAUGUGUAUACAGAUAUCAAUUUCGGUCUUGGAGCGUGAACCAUGGAUACAUACGCACAUGAAAACCUGUUUACUGUCACUCUAGAUUGUUUUUUUAUGUAUACAUGCCAAGAACAACAAAGGUCUCAGGAUAAGAAACUUGAAUGUCACUAACACCUUAUACAGUAAGCUAUCCUACACAAUUUCUUAAACACCUCAUCUUAAUACCAGUGCCUACCAAUCAUUUCUUUUAUCAACCAGUCACUGAACAAAGUGCAUCAUGAACAUGUUAUAUUUUCAUCAAAUAAAGCAUGAAAAGAAAUAUCACCAGGGUUUGCAUCAUCAUUUUU